CAAAAAGAGUAUAUAAAUAUUGUCUUUAGUGUACUUUGAGGAGGACCCAAUAAAAAAAAACACUUGGUUUGAACUUGCUUUUUCAGAGAUCUCUCACUUUUUCGUUUUUUCUGCUACACACACUUUUUUUUUUUUGCAACACAUUUUGUUUCUGCUACACACACUUCUAUCACUCUGUUUUUAUUUUCCUCAGAGUCCGAGGUACGUACAAAAAAACAGAACCACCAUUUUUUUUUUUUUAUUAUUUAUCUAAGAAGAAUCUUCAAUAAAAUGCACCUAUAAAUUAACUUAUCCCCGAGUAAGAAGAAUAAAAGAAAAAAAAAAUAACUUAUCGAAAAAGUCGCAUCCAUUAUAUGUAUAUAUAUCGUUGUGGAGUUGUUGUAUACUAAACAAGAAAGAGAUUAGGAAGAGAGAGACGGCGAUGGCGGCUACAGGAUCUGGACGGUCUCAAUUCAUUUCCAGUUCCGGCGGUAACCGAAGCUUCUCCAAUUCUCCACUCAUCGAGAACUCUGAUUCUAAUCAGAUUAUUGUCUCUGAGAAGAAGAGCUGGAAGAAUUUCUUUGCUUACUUAGGCCCUGGUUUUCUUGUUUCAAUCGCAUAUAUUGAUCCUGGAAACUUUGAGACUGAUCUGCAAGCUGGAGCACACUACAAGUAUGAAUUACUUUGGAUCAUAUUGGUGGCCUCAUGUGCGGCUUUGGUGAUUCAAUCUCUGGCUGCUAAUCUUGGUGUUGUCACAGGAAAACAUUUGGCUGAGCAAUGUAGAGCCGAGUACUCCAAAGUUCCAAACUUUAUGUUAUGGGUCGUUGCUGAAAUUGCAGUAGUUGCUUGUGACAUACCGGAAGUUAUCGGAACAGCUUUUGCUCUGAACAUGCUCUUUAGCAUACCGGUGUGGAUCGGUGUUCUUCUGACAGGCUUAAGUACGCUGAUUCUUCUCGCACUUCAAAAAUACGGGGUGAGAAAGCUGGAGUUCUUGAUAGCGUUUCUUGUGUUCACAAUUGCAAUAUGCUUCUUUGUUGAGCUUCAUUACUCAAAGCCAGACCCAGGAGAAGUCCUACAUGGUCUCUUUGUUCCUCAACUUAAAGGAAAUGGUGCAACUGGUCUCGCAAUCUCUUUGCUCGGAGCCAUGGUUAUGCCGCAUAAUCUCUUCCUCCACUCGGCCUUGGUUCUCUCGAGGAAAAUCCCUCGUUCCGCUUCUGGUAUCAAGGAAGCUUGCAGGUUUUACUUGAUAGAAAGUGGAUUGGCUCUAAUGGUGGCCUUUCUCAUAAACGUCUCUGUAAUAUCAGUAAGCGGGGCUGUUUGUAAUGCCCCCAACUUAAGCCCUGAAGAUCGAGCUAAUUGUGAGGAUUUGGACUUAAACAAGGCUUCGUUUCUGCUACGGAACGUUGUGGGAAAAUGGAGCUCAAAGCUAUUUGCAAUCGCGCUUCUUGCUUCUGGUCAGAGCUCGACGAUAACCGGAACUUAUGCUGGACAAUAUGUAAUGCAGGGCUUUCUUGAUCUCAGACUCGAGCCAUGGCUCAGAAACUUACUAACAAGAUGUUUAGCUAUAAUCCCGAGUCUAAUUGUUGCUCUCAUCGGUGGUUCAGCUGGAGCUGGAAAGUUAAUCAUCAUUGCCUCGAUGAUCUUAUCCUUUGAGCUCCCGUUUGCGUUGGUUCCUCUUCUCAAAUUCACAAGUUGCAAAACCAAGAUGGGUUCACAUGUCAACCCAAUGGCGAUUACAGCUUUGACUUGGGUCAUUGGUGGUUUAAUCAUGGGAAUAAACAUAUACUAUCUAGUAAGCAGUUUCAUCAAACUGCUUAUCCACAGUCAUAUGAAGCUUAUCCUCGUCGUCUUCUGUGGAAUUCUUGGGUUCGCAGGCAUUGCUCUCUAUUUAGCCGCCAUAGCUUACCUUGUCUUCCGGAAAAACAGAGUAGCCACUUCUCUUCUUAUUUCAAGAGACUCACAAAAUGUGGAGACACUUCCAAGACAGGACAUUGUCAACAUGCAGUUACCAUGUAGAGUAUCUACCUCCGAUGUUGACUGAGUCAUCAUUAAGCUUAGGAUUCCAAUAAAAUUAGAUCUAAACCAAGUUCAUAAAAACCUUUCGAUAGUGUACUAGAAUAAAGGUUAUAUGAAUCGGUUUGCGUCUUUUCUUUAACCAGAUCUUCGUAGGAAACAAACUUCUAAUAACACAUGGCAUAAUAAAAUCAUUGCUUCCAUUAUCAUAUCAUACUCAUGAUGUUUCAUAUUUUCAAUUACCAAAAAAAUCAGAAAAGAACAAUCAGCUAUAUAGAUAUAUGUAACGAUAUAAGAUUAAACAAUAAUUAGAGUGAAACCAUUCACAAAGUCUUUUUCUUUUCGAUAGACUUUAUAAGAAUCGUUUUGUCUUUUUAUUUUUUAAUCAGUCUCAUAGGGUUUGUAUAGGAACAACGUUAAAAUAAC